AGACCAUGUGCUUUUGGGUUGCAGGGAAGUCCACUCUCAAUACCAGCAACCCUGAGGAAUUAAAUGCUAUGGAGAAUCCUAAUCACAGAGUGAUCUUAUGAAGGGUAUGUGCUUAAAGAUUGAAUGUUUGCUAAUUUGAGUCUACAAGCAAGAUAACUGAUCCCAAGUGAACUUUGACCCACUGCACAAGUUAACUCUCAUUGGUCAAGACUUGGACUGAGCUCUCUCUCUCUCUUUCUGUUGUCUCCUGGAUCUGUGCCAAUCACUCUCAGACUCUUACCUGUAUGCAGAUAACAUGAAUAAAGUGUGGGCCUUAUUCAGAUCUUAUCCAUACAUUAGCAAUGUGGUGGGCUAUACAACUUUGUUUGCCACUGCAGACUUGAUUCAGCAAAGCACACUGAGAGGUACAAGUGGUCCAAGCAAUCAGCUGAGUGAGGAAAUUUCUCGACAGGCGGCAUCAGUCACAUCCAGAGAGGAAGGAGCUACGGCUCACCUCAAAGACUCUGAAUGGAGCAUGCAUUCAGCAGGAGAAAAGGAUUCGUCAAUAAUGGUGACAAAUGUUCCAAUGCACUGUGUUGACUGGAGACAGACUUUACGAGUAGCAUUAGUGGGGUUAUGUUUUCAUUCCAACUUCAACUACCACUGGCUACGUGCAUUAGAGAAGAGGUUUCCUGGGGGAGGGGCCAAAAUAAUAUUUGCAAAAGUCUUUCUGGACCAGUUAGUUGCUGCUCCUGCAACAAUAAGUGCCUUUUAUAUAGGUUUGAGCACCCUAGAAGGGCGAGAUGACCCCUUGGAAGACUGGAAAAAGAAAUUCUGGGUUUCCUACAAGACUGGAGUUGUCUACUGGUCUAUAAUGCAGGCGGUAAAUUUCACUCUGGUUCCCCCAAUAGCACGCACAGUUUUUGUUGGAGGAAUCUCUCUCGGCUGGACUGUCUUUCUGUGUCAUUUUCGACAACAAAAGAAUGAAUCUCAUUCCAUUUGCCCUUCAUAGCAUACAUUAAUUAUGUACAAUUAAAUAAAAACUAGUCUGAUGCCCUUAA